UGCGACGGUUCAAAAGCCAGGAAGGGCUAUUGAUAGCUGCGAUGACAACGAGCUCGAGUGCUGGCGCGGUCGCCACGGCCGUCGUCGUUCUUGUCUUCGCCACCCGCACGGCGCUGUUUUUGCUGGACCGGUCCCGCUACACCAAGCCCAGUUUCCUCAAGCAAGUGCUUUUUAUCGCAGUCACCCUUGUCCUCGGCUUUGGCGCGGUGCUGAGCUUCCACGUUGCGCAAGCCAACGCCUCGUCGACGCUCCCGUUCGAGUCGCUGCAGUUCAACGUGCAGUACCUCUUCAUCGCAUGCGGCGUCGGCGUCUGCGGCGCCAUGGCCAGCGCUUACAUCGCGAUGGACGACCCGUUCUACUGCGUCACAGACAAGGACGCGCGUACAAAGCUGCUCAUGACGGCUAUUGGCGAAAAGAUGGCGCUCUCUGCGAUGCUCAACAAGCGCAAGACCGAGCGAAAGAUCCAGUAUCAAGCGCGCUUCUCGUGCCUCCGAUAUGUGACCGUUGGGUCCAUCUUCUGGUCGCUCACCGUGACGGCGGUUCGCUUCCUCGUGACACAGGCCCAGGUCGGCGUGGUGACGACUUCGCCGUGGUGGGCUCUCUGCUUCGCGGCGGGUGUGACCCAAUUCAUAGCGUGGGUUGCGUUCUGGAGCAUCUUUCGACUCAUGACCUUUUGGCCCCUCGCAGCGCGCCUUCGGUGGCAAGCGUCGGCGCUGCUCGCCGCGUCAAUAGCUGUGCCGCAGUACUUGACGCUCGCGUGCUCGACACACGCGGUAGACCCCGUGCCGGCGGGCUCUGGCGUCGCGGCUCCGACGCUCGUGUACAAUGUCACCUUGGCGGCCCUAUGUCUCGUGGUCGUCGCUCUCCUGGGGCUACUGCACUGCGACAACCACCGCCUCUUUGAAGACAACAGCGUGCAUGCGAUCGUGCCGCUUGGCAGCAGCGGACCCAAGCGACAUGUGGCGAGCAGUACGCUGCACUCGAGCUCUCGCUCGCUUCGAUCGAGCAGUGCGCGCAGCCUCGUGCUGGGCCGCCCGCGCUCGAGUCGGGUUGUUACGUUAAAGUAG